GGAAUAUAUGUUGUCAUACUUGCGCAAAAAUUUUGUGUGGCUGACUAAUUUGGCGUGUUAUUUCGAGAGGACAGAACUACAAUAAAGUAGUUUUUAAACCCUUUCACUUUCGAAUCCUUUGUCACGCACAAGGAAAUUAUCCUUGACGCUCUGUCAGUCGCCUUCGUCAUUUUGGAAAACUUCACACCUAAACUAUAAAAUAUUAUCAGAAUAUAGUUUAUUAACUUAAAUACACAAUGGCUCUUUUCGAAGUAACUGGUUUUAAGCCUUAUGCUGAACUCCGUGGGCAGAUUCUUCCAGCAGGACAGACGCACCUCGUCGACCGAACCAACCACUACAACUUCGGGGCCAAAACUAACGAAUUUGCUGUCCCUCUGGGUGUAGAUCCCUCCGGGUUUAUCCAAUCCUGCAACCGUGACGGAGGUGUGUGUAUAGACCUGAACCAUGGUACGACCACCCUGGCCUUCAAGUUCAGACAUGGAGUCAUCGUGGCUGUGGACUCCAGAGCCUCAGCUGGUCGUUACUUAGCAUCCAACGACGUCAACAAGGUCAUAGAGAUCAAUCCCUACCUGCUGGGCACCAUGUCAGGGAGUGCCGCAGACUGCCAGUACUGGGAGAGACUCCUGGCCAAAGAAUGCAGGCUGUACCGACUGAGGAACAACCACAGGAUCUCUGUGGCUGCUGCCUCCAAGCUGCUGUCUAACAUGAUGCUAGGUUACAGAGGCAUGGGCCUCUCCAUGGGAAGCAUGAUCUGUGGAUGGGACAAAGAGGGCCCUGGUUUGUACUAUGUGGAUGAUAACGGGACACGUCUCUCCGGCCGUAUGUUCUCUACCGGCUGUGGUAACAGUUACGCCUACGGUGUGGUGGACAGCGGUUACCGGGAAGACAUGACGGUGGAGGAGGCAUAUGAACUGGGCAUCGCUCACGCCACACACAGAGAUGCCUACUCUGGAGGGGUGGUCAACAUGUACCACAUGCAGGAGGACGGCUGGAUAAAGGUGUGUAAGGAAGACGUAUCUGAGUUGAUCCACCGCUACAGGAAGGGAAUGUUCUGAGUUUGACCCCUAAACCCAGAUCGACCUCAACCCUCUAAAUAAUGUUCAGUCCAAUGAUACAUGUCUUUCUAAACUUACGUAAAUUUUUCCCCCCCAACUACUUCAAUAUAUUUUCUCAAAAAUAUAUUGACAUCUGAUUUUGGAAAUGAACGACCCCACUCUGUCUCACAGCAGAGUGUUUAAGGACAUGUGUGAUCCGUCUCUGAUUUUGGAUCAAUAAAUUGUCA